AGAGCCAGUCCAAAAUUCCCGGUCAGGGUGGCUCUCGGCAGGGUGAGCAGGUUCGCCAGGGUAGUCCGGCGGUGACAACCAGGUACUACCGGCGGAUGGGCAAGAGAGACCCGCCCCUUCGGCCAGGCGUGCGCGCCUUCUGCACCUACGACACGGACCGGAAGCGCAGCAGAAGCAAGAAGCUGAAGGCCGAGGGCCGCAAGCUGCAGUUCGUGUACAAGAUCAGGGCGUGUCUGUGGCACAAGACCAAGAUGGGGCUGCACAAGAAGAAGACGCGCCUUGGCAGCAUUCUCAACAGGCAGCGCCUCUACCGGCAGGUCAUGAACAACAAAAUGUUCUGCAGGAAGUCGCACAGCCAGUACUUCACCAGGAAUGCUGACAAGCCACACGUUUCUGUCAAGGCCUUCAACACACCUGAUUUGGACAAAUGCCGCACGGAUGAGUACGUGUCGCUGGUGGCUUUGUGCUCGCCGACUUCGUGGCAGGAGCCGAGACACGCCUACUUUCGCCACUUGGAGUACCAACUGUUCCGGCUCGACCCGGCUGGACUCGAGUUUGCAAGCCUGCAGCACCAGAUGAAAGAUUCCAAUUUCGGGAUUUUGCAAGCUGUCCGUCUGCAAAACCUGUUUCUGUUCGGUGCGUACCUGAGCAAGAAGGAGCAGAUGGAGAGUGGCUCGACGCUGCUGACCGAGGUGGUCAGGUUCUUCUGCGUGGAGAGAGAUCACGUGAAGCACCUGUGCAAGCACGGCUUUGACUCGAGGCGUCUUACAGACGACCUGAACGCCUACCUGACCCCCAGGGAGGCGCACGCCCAUAGGCCAAGGAAUAAUGUCCUCAUGGUGGCUGCCAGGGCGAUUGUACUGCCGGCCAAGCUGGCCAGGACCGAAAAUGACGUCUACCCUGAGUACAUCUUGGACUACGACUAUCUCAAUCUUAUCAAGCAUUGAUUUUUUUCACUUUACUUUUGAUUCUCUGAAGCAGAGAGAUAGGGAUUUUUGAAUUUAUGUGACUUCGGGGGCGAUUUUGUUUCGCCUCCUGCGGCAAAGGGGGGAGCGUGUGAGUGUAACGAGGCUCAAGGCCCAACAAUUCACACUCAAUUGAGUUUUUCAUGUUUACAUUUAUGAUUUGCUGUAGAUAAAGCAAGACGAAAGCGUCCUCUGCGAAUAAUGGC